AUGGUAGCGCUUCUUCUACUAUUCCUGACUCUGCCUGUCGCAGUCUUCACAAAAGACCCAAAAUGUCCAGAUGGCUUCUUACACUUCAAACGGACACCCACUGCAAAGAAUAACCAUACAAAGGAUUGGUGCGUUAAAGUGUUUUCCUACUCCAACACCGGUAAUCGAGACUAUGCUAGAAGUGUAUGCAUUGCAAACCAUGCCAUGUUGACUAUCCCAGAGAAUAGAGCGGAGUAUGAAGCUAUUGGCGAAUUCGUUCGUAAGAACAACUACUCGGCGCCACAUGCCAUCGAUGGAGAGCUUUCUUCCAGAUGCAAAGCCAGAUACUUGCAUAAAUGGUUUGAUACCAAUACAGUGGAAGGAGAAUGCAACAUAAAGAAAAACCUUUUCAUGUUUGACGACAUAAACACAGACCCCUCCUACAUACUUACCAAAUUUGGAAAUAGGGUUCCUAGUGGUGGUGGAGAAAUGUCUGUCGCCGAAUCGUCACCGAAAUUGAUCUUUUUAUACGGAUGUAUGGUAUUGACGCAGACACACUUGCAUGGGAAUGAGAAAGCUCUUUCGUUUGCGAAUCUAGAGUGGUGUGGAGGGAAGGCACAUUCGAAGAAUAGCGUUGGGCCUGAGUCAUUGGUUGAUUCAGUUGUUUGCGGAAGGCAUCCGGAGUGA